CAGAUAAUCAAGAAACGUGGGGAUGCACCGAGUCAGGUGGAUGACCGUGCGCUCCCUGGAGUUGAACUACAACAGUUUCAGGUCAUCCCAGAGGUACAACAUCAAGGAGAUAAUGGGCAGAGAAACCCCGGGGGAGUUUCUGGCAAAAGAAAAUACCUGGAAAACGUUCGACAAGGCGUGGAUGAACACGGCACCAGCAAACGCCUGCACGCACCCCAUGGUGCUACCGCUGAGGCUGAGGAGAGUUGUGACUCUUCCUCAUCGUUAUCGGAGCAAUGCGAGUCUGAAGGGAGCAGCGACGACGAUGAGGAGGAGCUGCGCAUUCUUGGCGCGAUGACUUCUACGACUAUGGCGUCGUCUCGAAGCAGCAGAGUGAAAAAGUCGGGGCGUAGAGUCGCGGACAGGGUCACACAGAUUCACAGAGAGGAGGUAAACGCUCUACGCAACAGACACAAAAUUCACGUUCAGGGAACUGACCUGCCAGAGCCAGUUGAGUCCUUCUCACAGCUUCAGACGGAAUAUCAGCUCCUUCCGCAGCUGGUCGAGAAUAUUGUAGCUGUAGGCUACGUUGAUCCAACCCCCAUCCAGAUGCAGGCAGUCACAGUCAUGAUGCAUAGACGAGAACUGUUGGCAUGCGCACCCACCGGCUCUGGCAAGACGGCCGCGUUCAUUCUACCUGCACUAACACAUCUAAAGAAACCCGGACGAAUGGGCUUCAGAGUAGUAGUGGUCUCGCCAACAAGGGAGCUUGCCAAGCAAACCUACAGGGAGUUCCAGAGGCUUGCGACUGGCACAGGCUUUCACAUAUGCAUGAUCGGCAAGUCGGACGUCGCUAAGCAGAAGUUCGGGCCGAAAUCUCCGCAGAAAUUCGACAUACUCGUGACGACGCCAAACCGACUCAUUCACCUGCUGCAGCUAACGCCACCUGGUGUCAGCAUGAAGAACGUUGAAUGGCUCAUUGUGGACGAGUGUGACAAAUUGUUUGAGGCGGGAAAGCAGGGAUUCAGGGACCAGUUGGCUGUGAUCUACAAGGCAUGUGACUCGUCACACGUGCGAAGAGCCAUGUUUAGCGCCACCUAUACUUACGAGGUGGAACAAUGGUGCAAGCUAAACCUUGACAAUGUGGUCACCAUCUGUGUUGGUGGCAGAAAUUCUGCGACGAUGUCUGUGAAGCAGGAAUUGCUCUAUGUGGGUGCAGAGUCUGGCAAAAUGGUGGCCAUGCGUGAACUCGUGAAAAAGGGCUUUUCUCCACCAGUCCUCGUGUUUGUGCAAUCGAAGGAACGAGCCCAAGAUCUGUAUAGUGAGCUCGCAUACGAUGGCAUCAACGUCAAUGUCAUUCACUCAGACAAGACACAGUUGCAGAGAGACAACAUAGUCCGAGAUUUUCGAUCGGGAAAAAUCUGGAUGCUCAUUUGCACUGAGCUGAUGGGUAGAGGCAUGGACUUCAAAGGAGUCAACCUUGUCAUCAACUAUGAUUUCCCACCAAGUGCAAUCAGCUACAUACAUAGAAUAGGAAGGACGGGUCGAGCGGGAAGGUCCGGGGAGGCUGUGACGUUCUUCACUGACGAGGACCUCGUUAAUCUGCGCAGCAUCGCCGCGGUGAUGAGGCAGACGGGAUGUGACGUGCCCGGAUACAUGCUGAGACUGCGCAAGGCGAGCAAAAAGGUGAGACGGAAGCUAGAGAAACACGCACCGAAACGAGAAUCCAUCUCCACUGGUAAAAAGAAGAAAGCCCCCUUUAAAAGAAACGAGGAGGGUAAAAAGCAAGGUGCUGUCUCGGAUAUGGUAGACCGUCCAUCGGCUGCAAGCAAGAUACAGACUGGUGCACCGAAAAAGAAAUCGAAAAAGACAAAUUUGAAAAAGAAGAAAAAAAUGAAGCCAAAGAAAUCACAGCCAAGUGGGGGCGCCGUAAAGAAGCAUUGAACAUAGAUUGUUUUCAAAUUCAUCUGUACAUAGAGCAGAUUAUUGUUGAGGCUGAUUCCUGUUUAUCCUCAGAAGUGAGCGAUUUUGCAAGUUACCCCCUACAAUUUGGUGCGAGCAUUCUGGUCAGUUCUCAGUUGUCCAGCAGGGUGUGUGUGCGAUACAUGACCCCAACAUUUACCUUCCCCUACCUUUUACUUGUUCUGACGUAGCUGUCAGUUGUGAUUGGAAAGAAACCUACAGCACUAUCAUGACCAAAAGUUGACAAUUAACAGACUGACAGCCGAUAUUUUAUUGUAAGAUUAUUAUGGUAUAUAAUAAAGCACGUUCUGCAUAACAUCAGGAGUAUAUAAUAGAAGAGUAUCUUCUAUUAUAUACUCCUGAUAACAUCAAUGGUA